ACGGAGGCCGGAGACCGUAGGUGGCGCUCCUCUUCCGGGCGGGCAACGUAGGCGACGCGGUCAGGGCCAGACUUGGCGAGUUCCAGAGGCGGCUGAAAGAGGCGGAGGGCGCGGGGAAGAGCCACGAGCGAAAGGAACUAUACCGAGAGGCGGCCGCCCAGCUUCGACCUAUAUUCGUCGGUCGUGGAAAAAAGUCUUACUGUGACGGGCAGCCGGUCGUGCGGACAAACGAAGCCAUCUUCCGGCUAUGGCCGUGCACCUACGAUAGUCACGACGACUUGGCGUGGCAUCGGGCGAACGAGUCGAUGCGCCGAAAAAUCAAGACCAAGUGGGAUAAGUGCGCGAACGGUCAAGCGCCCGGGAGCCUAGCAGUCAGCGAGGCGUACCAGCAUAUGGACAGGGUCCGCACGGAGCUGGAGACCUUUGGCGCUCAGCAAAUGGGUCCGCGAGACCAUGAAGGCAGCAGGGCCGCGGGGGCAUCGGCCUCCGCCGCCGCAACCAACAACGACAAUUGGACGCCUGUGCUAUAUACCCACUGGCUAGAGAAGGAAGCGACUCGGGACGCGCCAAAACAACUCGUGCUUAGUACCGCGAGGGAGAAAAAUAUCCGAGUCGAGCGGCUCGUGCAACUUGUGGACGGGGCAUUCCAGAAGGCGCCGACAGCCGCGGGCAAUGUGCUAGUGUUCUGUGUCGAUCCAGGCGACGCAUCCCUUCUACAAAUCGCCCUCGAGACGAUAGCGGCGGCCAGAAAGCAGCGGAAACAUAGCGAUGGUGGCGGGGAGGGCGGUCGACAGCAGCGGGAGCCGGAGCUAAUCCCGCAACUAAUCGCCCAGGCGCACGAGGAGGGCGCGCGGGGCAGUAUCAAGAAGUGGUUCCAGGCGACAGAUCCAGGUGCGGUCAAGAUUCUUAUCUCCACGUACGAGCUACUUGGAACCGGUCACAACGACCUCGAAAGGGCAUGUCACCUGACGGUUUUGUUCUACGUGUCCCGGCUGCCGUCGAGCAUCGAGCAGGCCGUGGGCCGCCUCACGAGACCGGCACAGACGCGACAGGUGGAGGCGUACGUGCUGUAUACCGAGCUAUGCGUGGUUGAGUUGUUGGAUAUGUCGGUGCUCGCGUCUCGCAGGGCGUUUGCGGGUGUGGAUGAGAACGGCUGGAACGACCUGUUCCAGCGCAUCCUGGCCGAGCCCACCUCCAGCCCCGCAUCCACCAUCACGGCCACCGCACCAAGCACCCCGGCCGGCAGCAAGACAAAACGACCGCGCCUUUGUCGUCAGCGCCGGAGGAUAUUCCACGCAGCGGCGGCAGCAGCUCCGUCACAAAGUGGCCAUCUGGGGGCGUACUAGGUCGUUCUGGAAGCGGCAGCGGCAGCGAGUAUCCGCCCACAUGCAUAACGAGGCGGCUGGAUAUAAGGCCAACCACGGCGCACCCGAGCAUGUUAAGCAACAAAGUGAUCCCGCAUGGCCGGGAUGGCGCGUCGGGUCUUGCCCGGGCAUGUGCCGCAGUGGCUUGGAGUAUUGUCGCCCAGUAUGGGACGUAUGACCGUUUAGCAAACAAUGUCGACGCCGU